AUGUCAAAUGAUACCUCUAACAAGAGAAAGUUAGAGGAAGAAGAUCUCAGCGACAACAAAAAAGUGAGACAGGAAAGUCCCGAUUCUGUAGUUGACGAUUUGAAUUAUUUGAAAGAGAGCAUCAAGCAAGAAAUAUUCAAGACGUUUGAAGACAGGUUUAAUAGGUUAGAGAAUGAAAUCAUACAAUUGAAAUCUACUUCUAAAGAUGAUUCUGGUACUUUAUCUGAAAGGACUGCGAACGAGGGAUCUGUCGAUACGCCUCCUGAUGAAGCCAGUCUUAAAGUUUCCUCAGGUGUACCUAAAUUGCAUCCUUUGAAUCCUACAGUUGGUGAAUUGCCCAAAUCGAAUUCAAAUCCAUUUAAUGAAAUUAAGGGUUUCAAAUCGAUGGAGAGUAAUGAAAAAUCUACCGACCCCAAACCAUCUAAACAUACUUUUGGGGGAAGCUCAUUCAAAAUCAAUACGCCCAUGAAUUCAUUUGUGUCGAAUGCCAAUCCAGCCGAUACUCCUACUGCUCCAAAUACUGCUCAAUCAUCUCCUCAACAUGUUUUUGGUGCCACAAGUUCAUUUGGAAGCGCUUCUGCUUUUGACGUCGCAAAAAGCAAGAAGAAUGUUUUCGAAGCUUUACCAUCAAAGACUACAAACGAGAUUUCAAAAUCUCCUAGUGCUGAAAUUUCCAAGAGCAAUUCGUCAUCAGUGACAUCUUCUUUUGGCUCUGGUACAUUUGGAGGCAACACAAAAUUUAACAACGCAUUUCAGAAUUCUUUGAAGAAGAAAUCAUUUUUAGAUGAUAAAGCAAAUAAGGAUGGUAAAACUGAAGAAACAGCUGACACGGGAAACACCGCCAAAGAAAAGACUCCGACUACACAACAAUAUAAGCAGGUUGAUUUGACUCCAGUUGGAGAAAUCAGAACUGGAGAAGAGAAUGAAAAAUCCCAUUUCACAUCCACAGCUAAAAUAUUCGAAUUAAAUUUAACUAAAAUUUCCGACGGAUGGAAAGAAAGAGGUUUAGGUAGGUUGCAUUUGAAUCAAUCCCUUGAUGACCCACAAAAAGUGAGAUUGGUCAUGAGAUCUCAAGGAUUGCUCAGAGUUGUCUUGAACAUGAAAGUGACUUCCGAUACUAAGUUGAUCAAAGGUUUAGAAGCAAGCUUAUCUCCAGGAAAAUUUGUUAGAUGGAAUUCUAUUAAUGAUCAAGGAGCGCCCGUGCAAUAUUUGCUUAAAUUUCCUAACCAAACCAUUAGAGACGAGUUGAUUGAAAAAGUUGAGAAUUUGAAAGAGACUUUUGAAACAGAAUCAAUGUCAAAGGGUACUGAAUCUAGUUCCGGUGUAGAAUCGAAGGAAACAAAACCAAAUGCUACAGGUGUGAAAUGGUUAUAG